GAACUUUCCAACCCUUUAGUAAUGGCUACCAUUCAAUGGAAUCUUCGAGUGGCUUUGUUAGGCUUGCAAUUAUAAUUCAACAUAGAGGGAUAUGAAAGCUUUCUGUCCACUUAUCCUGAUGAUUAAGAAAAUCAUUUUCUUAUCUUUAGUUGAUUCUUUAGCUUACUGUUUUGCUUCUUGCUUUGCUUUCAUCUGUUUGGUAGCUUCUCAAGCUUAUCUGACAUUUCUUAGCUUCUAGACUUCAGUCCAUUUAGUUCACCAUAUUCACCGACUAGAAAUCCAGAUUCAUAGGAAAUGCCUGUUACCUAUGAACAUUCUACUCCUUGGAAAGAACUGACUGCAAGGGGGAAAUUUCGUCGAACCUUGAAGGUUCUACUGAAAAUCAUUUGUCUGCUGCUUCUGUUAUUUUCAUUCAUCACAUCACUGGAUUUUCUUAGCUCUGGUUUUCGAUUGCUUGGAGGUCGAGCAGCUGGAUCUGUUUUCCAUAAUAAUAAAUUGCUUCGUAAUCCAAUUGUUGGUCUUAUUAUUGGAAUAUUGUUCACCGUUCUUGUCCAAAGCUCAUCCGCAUCAACAUCUAUCGCAGUCACAUUAGUUGCUGCAGAAUUGAUAAGAGUGAAAGAAGCAAUUCCUUUUAUUAUGGGGGCCAACAUUGGAACUUCCAUCACAAACACCAUAGUUUCAUUAUUCCAUUCUACCGAUCGAAAUGAAUUUCGCCGUGCAUUUGCCGCAGCUACAGUCCACGACAUGUUUAACUGGCUAACCGUUAUCGUCUUAUUACCACUGGAAGUAACCACCGGCUAUUUGGAAGUCACAACCAAAAUUGUAGUCAGUUCAUUAAAAUGGGAAAAAUCAAAUACAACUUCCCCUGAAUAUCUCAAAAAAUUAACUUCACCCUUCUCAAAAUUGAUUGUUCAGCUUGAUAAUAAUGCAAUUAUGGAGAUUGCUAUUGGGAAUUCAUCAAAUAGUGAAUCGCUUCUCAAGAAAGAUGGUAAAGCACUUAUUAACUCGCUGCAGUUAUCGGACAAAACUUCGGGUAUCAUAUUGAUUACCAUUUCGUUGGUAAUUUUAUGCCUUUGUCUUAUAAGCAUUGUUAAGAUACUGCAUUCGAUGUUAAAAGGUCGAAUUGCUUUGCUAAUAAAAAAAUAUGGAAAUGCUAAAUACAAAUUACCUUGGUCAAUGUUGAUUGAUUACUCAGCAUUAUUAAUGGGAUGUAUUUUAACCAUAUUGGUCCAAAGUAGCUCCAUUUUUACUUCGGCGCUUACACCAUUAGCUGGGAUUGGAGUUAUUUCAAUCGAAAGAAUUUAUCCUUUAACAUUAGGUUCAAAUGUUGGUACAACUACAACAGGAAUCUUGGCUGCAUUAACGGCUGAUGCUUCCGUACUGGAUAAUACCCUACAAUUGGCAUUUGCACAUCUUUUUUUCAACAUUACUGGAAUCUUGUUAUUUUAUCCAAUACCAUGGAUGAGAUUCCCUAUCAGACUAGCGAAAAUUUUAGGCAACACAACAGCUAAAUAUCGUUGGUUUAGUAUCGUUUAUCUGUUAACAGUUUUCUUUCUGCUUCCUAUCUUCUUCUUUCUCGUCUCGCUGGCUGGUCCACUUACUUUUGCAGUUGUAUUUACUCUAUUUCUUGCUACAAUUUCAUCAAUCAUGCUUAUCAAUAUUAUGCAGUCUAGAAGGCCUAGUUGGUUGCCUUUGAAACUUCGAACAUGGAACUGGCUGCCUCUUUGGAUGCACUCGUUGGAUCCUAUGGAUAGUUUUUUGAUCAAAUUAAGGGAAAAUAUAAAUUUUCUUUACUGUUGCAAACCGCACUCAGGCAACAGUCCGACCGCGAAAUCGACAUGAUUCUUUAGCUUUGGGUUUACGAGCAAAUCAAUCACAGUUACAUAUGUUGGACAGUUCAAGGGGAGCCUCUGAGAUUCAUCUGUCAACUGGUUUCGAUAAUGUUACCUUUAUCAAUGUGAACGGACACAAAUACACAGCUGUUAACAAAGAUUCAACUCAAUUAUAGUAUCGUAAGCUACCAGAUUAAUGCUGUAGUGAAAUAUUAUCACAUAAAUAUCAGAUUUAUCGGAUAGCUCUAUUUCAUGUUGUUAAAGUUUGUCUAAUACACGAAAAUUAAUCUUGAUUUUCGGUACUACUUGAUUUCUUGGGAUUUUAUUUAAAAUUUUUACGAGCAGAAAUCAAAUAUUGUUUGUAAAUAUAGUAGAUUAGCUCCAAUCUUGACUAGGAGUUGAGCAUGCAUCUACUGACAUUAUCUGGUAGGUUAUUGUAUAAAAAAUUAUUUCACUGUUGCUGACUAAAUUAACGUUUUUUAUCGAUUUUAAAAACAUCGCAUUUCAUUUUGGAUUUUGAUUUUUGU